UAGGAGGUUAUGUUAUGAUGACAUGUGAUGCGAGUUUUACUUUGAAAAGUAAGAUCACAAGGGGGCGUGGUUUAAGUUCACCAGCCUAGAGCUAUGAUACAGGAGCCUCCAGGUUGCAGACAUACGCGUCUUGGUCGCUCUGCUUUCGGUUCCGUCGCCAAGCUCAUUUCUGUGCGGCUCCUCUGCCUUCAUCUUAAACUCGACAUGCCGGAGUACCUGGACGACCCGUCUGUGCUCACCAAAGACAAGCUAAAGAGCGAGCUUGUUGCUCACAAUGUGGAACUGCCCAGUGGCAACCCGACCAAGGACGUGUAUGUGCAGCUUUAUCUAAAGAACCUGACGGUCCAGAACCAGAAGAAAGCCGUGGCCGUGGUUCUGGAUGCGUUCUCCAGCGACGAGGAGCUUCCGCCUGUCGUGGCCCCCAACAGAAGCCGCUCCUCCGGAAGGAAAGCCGCCAGGAAAUCGGAUAAACAUCAUCCGGAGCAAGUCGACGUCACAUCACUUACUGAUGAGAGCCUGAGGGACGAAUUGCAAAAACAUGGAAUGAAAGUGGGGCCAAUUGUAGACUCAACCCGUGAACUGUAUCAGAAGAAGCUGCAGAAGUUCUUGGAUGAUGGUCCUGCACAGCCGUUUCCCACAGAAAUACAAGUCAACCACAAUGGCAACUCUGAGCCUGAAAUCUACAGCGACACAGAGGACGCGGUGGCAGUACCAGAACCUGUGAUUGAACCUGAACUAGUUCCAGUGGUGGAGACACAAGUGAGGAGCAGAGGGAAGUCCCCAGCUAGCAGUCAUACCAGCAGCUGCAGCAGCCAGAACCAAUCGGUUGAGAAAAUCACUGCCAAUGAUCAGACGCUAAAAUUGGAGAAAGAAGUUCUGAAGGAGCUUUUUCCUGAUGAUAUAAACCGUCCAACAGGAAUCAGCGCUAGCUGCCGAAAGCCCAUCCGAGGAGCAGCUGGACGCCCGCUAAUCUCCAGUGACUUAUGGAGUGAUGAGAAUUCCUGUCUGUCUCCAAAAACCACAAAGACCAGCAGCUACUCCUACACAGGGAGCCAUGCAGUCAACAGAAUGUCCAGUUUGAAUCCCUCCACCUCCUUCACAUCCUCUAGCUCCUCUAGUUCCUCCUCCUCCAAGCUUUCUGCUACAGCUCCAUCUGCAGGUCCAACCAGAACAGUGCGGCGCAGCAUGACUUUAUGGAAAAAGCUGGCCCUGUUCGCUAUUUUGGCCACAUUUGUGAUUUUUGUUUACCUGGCCAUGGAGACAAACUCUGUCAGCCCAUUUCAAGCCUCAGACUCAAAAUCAGUUGCAAGUGGAGCAGCAUAAAGACUGCAUAUAUAGUUUGGAGGGGCCUGGUCACUGUCAAUGCCUCUACUUCAUUUUUAAGGUGUGAAUCUGCAGUGUAGCCAAUUUUUCUUCCCUUAAGAUAACCUGAUGUCAAAUUCUAUUUUUAAGAAAGUGUCUUUCUUCCCUAAUCAGCCUCAAGUAAAGGUCUAAGAAGUAAUGUAGUGAUGUUUGCCCCAAAUGAUCACUUUGAGCAGCUGUGAAAGGA